UUGGCCGGAGGAACGUUUAUAAUGUGACGCAAGGUAAGGGUAAAAGUUGAAGGGGAACAUGGCAGCUGCUGGCAUCAGUGCUAAACAUGGAUUGUUAAGCAGUAAAACUUCGCUGUAUCACGCUUUUCCGAGACAUAUAUCACCCACCGGUGCGUGUUUACGAAGAGCUGCUGAAAUACAGAGUGUGAGAGCGGCAACCAGCGCGACAGCAGACUCUCAACUCAAUGAAAAGUACUGUCUGGAGCUGGUCAGGUCCAGAGACUAUGACGGCUUUGUGUCCUCCCUUCUCCUCCCAGAGGAGGCGCGACGCUCCUCUUUGGCUCUGAGAGCGUUUAAUGUGGAGCUGGCACAGGUGAAGGACUCCAUUUCCCAGAAGACUAUUGGUUUGAUGCGAAUGCAAUUCUGGAAGACGGCCGUAGAAGAAAUCUACAGAGACGAGCCUCCAAACCAGCCGGUCAGCGCCGAGCUGUGGAGGGCUGUGAGGAAACAUUACCUGACAAAGAGGUGGCUGCUGAGGAUCAUAACAGAGAGGGAGAAGGAUCUGGAAGACAGAGCCUACAGAAACCUACAGGAGUUGGAGACGUAUUCAGAGAACACACAGUCCUCCUUGAUAUACCUGCUGCUCGAGUGUUUAGGGUUGAAAGACAUCCAUGCAGACCACGCAGCGAGUCACAUUGGUAAAGCUCAGGGAAUCGUGACGUGUCUGAGAGCGACUCCUUAUCACAGCAGCCGACGGAAAGUCUACCUACCCAUGGACAUCUGCAUGCUGCACGGAGCUUCUCAAGAGGACUUCAUCCGCUGCAGCCGGGAGCAGAACGUCCGGGACGUCGUGUACGACAUCGCCAGUCAGGCUCAUGUUCAUCUACAACACGCACGAUCAUUUGGCCGCAACGUCCCAGCCGCUGCAACUCCCGCCUUCCUCCAGACGGUGGUGUUGGAGGACUACCUGCAGAGAGUGAGGAGGGCAGAUUUUGAUGUUUUCAACCCCAGUCUGCAGAACAGAAACCCCCUCCUCCCCUUGCAGCUGUACCUCCGCUCCUGGAAGAAGACCUACUGAUGUCCAUCCUUCACCCCUCCUCCUGCCUCUGCAGGCUGCAGGACUGAAGCCCAGAGACUUCAUCUCUCUGGGGGAUUCUGCCUGACUGUACCAGGACUAUCUAGAAAUCCAGACUUGUUUUGAAUCACUGUGCUGCCACUGGAGUCCGCCUACUUAGUAAAAAAAAAACAAAAACACCACCACAAACCACACCAGAGACACCCUCUGUUGUUUCAACGGCUCAAACAAUGAAGCUCCCAUGCCUGAAUGUUUUAAGGACCAGAGCAGUGGUUGGAGUCAGAGUUUUCUGAAGACUCUUGCCAAGUAUUAAAUAUUUUAUUUGAGUGUACGAGUCAAAUACUUUGAACAGAUGUUCUAUGCAAGCUUAAAGGAUACUCAGUUUAUUACAACUUGGUUCCAUAAGUAAUAAUGAUAAUGUGUUAAUUACCCAGAUCUGGAACCAUGUGGACAGCAUGUCUAACAAACUUCUUUGGAAUAGAAAAUGAAGGUGAAAGUAAAGUUAUUACAGAGAUAUCAUCAGUUUACUGACCAACAUCCUGCUUCAACACUGCCCUAAUGGAUGGAAUCAUGAAGGAUUACUUGUCUUGUAAACGGAAGAUAAACCUUACAUCCGAGAGUACACAAGGAACGUCUUCAUCACAUUACAUGUACACAAUUUACACGUCUAUUUUUGAGAUAACAACUGAGUUUAAGUCAGAAUUUGUUUCUAAUGUCAAUACCAUUGUCUUUUCCUGUUAUUACCGCUGCCUUCACAUUAAAAUAUAUGCAGCUGUG